GGGAGGGAGAGCUGUGACCCUCGGCCACUGCCAUCAUUCAGCUGCUCCGCUGCGGGCUAUCACACCACCAAGACCGAGGGGAUCCCCAGAAGUUAACUGCAACCGAAAUCAUCCAGGAUGUCCCGCGAACAGCAGGCGGUGGCUCGAGCCAGGAAAGCCUUUGAAACAGGCAGGUCCAAACCUUUAGAGUACCGGAUCCUGCAGCUGAAGAACCUACAGCGGUUAUUCACUGAUAAACAGAAACUGAUUUCAGAUGCCAUCAAAAAAGACCUCCAUAAGAGCACGGAGGGGUGUCAGCUGUAUGAGACUCUGGGUGUGGAGGGGGAGAUCAGCCUGGUCAUCAGCAAGCUGAAAGAGUGGGCGGCCCCUCGGCCCGUGAAGAAGAACCUGAUGACUCUCUCGGACACCAUCUACAUCCAGCCGGAGCCGCUGGGAGUGGUGCUUAUCAUCGGGGCCUGGAACUACCCCUGGGCUGUCACCAUACAGCCGCUCAUUGGAGCCAUCGCCGCAGGUAAUGCUGUUGUGGUCAAGCCCUCUGAGGUCAGUGCUCACACUGCAAAGGUCAUGGAGGAGCUGCUGCCACUUUACAUCGACAAAGAGCUUUACCCUGUGGUGACUGGAGGCGUGCCAGAGACCCAGGAGCUGCUGCACCAGAGGUUUGACCACAUCUUCUACACCGGCAACAGCGUGGUGGGUAAAGUGAUCAUGGAGGCUGCUGCCAAGAACCUGACACCCGUCACCCUGGAGCUGGGCGGCAAGAGUCCCUGCUACAUAGACAAGAACUGUGACAUAAGCACAGCCUGCAGGCGUAUAACCUGGGGAAAGUACACUAACUGUGGUCAGACCUGCAUCGCCCCAGACUACAUCCUUUGUGAGCCCAGCAUCCAGGACCGGGUUAUCGAAGAGGUCAAGAAGUCCAUUAAGGAUUUCUACACAGACAACCCAAAGACCUGCGCAGACUACGGCCGCAUCAUCAACCAGCGCCACUUCAAGAGGAUAAUGGCCAUGAUGGAGGACAGCACCGUCGCUGCGGGAGGAGAGAAUGACGAGUCAGACUGCUACAUAGCCCCCACAGUUCUGCGGGACGUGAAGCCAGAGGCGAAGGUGAUGCAGGAGGAGAUAUUCGGACCUCUGCUUCCCAUCUUGUCAGUCAGCGGCCUGGACGAAGCGAUCAAGUUUAUCAAUAAGAGAGAGAAACCUCUGGCCCUGUAUGUCUUCUCACACGAUAACAAGGUGAUACAGAGAAUGAAGGACGAGACCUCCAGUGGAGGACUGCUGGCCAAUGACUGUCUUGUGCACUUUUCUGUGAACUCUCUGCCUUUUGGAGGAGUGGGAAACAGUGGGAUGGGUUGCUACCACGGCAAGUUCAGCUUUGACCAGCUGAGCCACCUGCGUGGUUGUCUCAUCAAGAAGCUGAACAUGGAGGGGGUGAACAGCAUGCGGUACCCUCCUCACACAGCCCAGAAGCUGCGCUGGGCCCGCUUGUUCAUCCUGAAGAGCGUAGACCUGGGCUGGAUGGGACGGAUGGCGCUCUUAUCCAUCAUGGCUGUGGUGGCUGCUGUUGUGCUGCAGAAUUAUCUCUUUUGAAGACAUCUCGCUGCUUCCCAGACCACAAACAUGUCAUUUCCUUGACCGUAAGGACCAGAGAGAAGAAAACACCAUUUUAUCAACAAGUUUCUCAAUAAAUACCGUCAUACAGAUGGGGAUUUUAAUACAGGAACUGUUCAGUGAGUUGCCUUAAUCCAUUUUGCAUUUCAAAAACGGUGUCAAAUUUCAUGUAGCUCUUUAUAGACAGCAUCUUACUUUCAUGAAGCUAAUUAUUUAUUCCCAGGUAAGGCUCUUACAUUUGCAUUCAGCGUUGCUACGUUCCAUUUUAACCUGUUAGACCGGGUUUGCACACUUAGAAAGUAUCAAUUUAUAUUCACUACACAUGUUUUUAAAUGAAGUAACAAAAGGUGUAACAAUACCAUCACACUGACAGUAAGAUGGCAGGUUUUGUUUUUGUUUUUUACUUUACUGUGACGUGAACAAGACUCAUAGCAUUUGCUAACAAACAGUGUUCACUGAAAAAAAUGAAGUUGCAAUUGUCAUAAUGAAAUAGUUUUUAUUGUGUAAGAGUUACCUCUAGUUCUUUUUGCGUCCAUUCCAUUUUAAUGACAGAAGCCAUUAACUUGACGUUCAGUCUGAAGGUUCUUGAUAAAUUCUGGCCGUUGUAGGUUUGACAGCAGAGAUGAAGGCAAAUCAGUCUGUUUCUGAGACUUCAGUGUUCAAUCACGACCACGACCACAGCCAGUCAGAAUCAAACAAGAUGUGAAGGAUGUUUUUGGUUCAUUUUCAUCAAACACAGCAAGCCUGAAGCCUGAGAAACAACCUUUUAAUUUGUUAAUUUAACCAACAGUAGUUACUAAAUGUGUUCUGAUUUGUUAUUUGUGAUUAAUUGUUGAAUAAAUAUAUUCAA